AUGGCGCCGGUGUGCGACGUGUUGUGCGCGUCCCCGGCGGCCGCGAUCCUAUCCACGGCGGUCUGCCGACAGCGCGCGCGGUCGACGAGGACGAGUUCUUUCCUGUCCGAAAUCUCAUUCGCCUCGUCAGCAGUCAUGAUCGCGCGCGCGUCGUGUCGCGCCACGCCCGCCGCGGUGCCGCGGCCGCGCGCGUCGUCGCCCGACGCUCCGCGACGCCGUCGCCGUCGCCCGCGCCGCCAUGCAUCCUCCCCGCCCGAGGUGGUGAACCCGGAGCUGUCUUACGACGAGGAAUUUUGCAUCGUCGACAAAGGAUGCGCGCACGUGAUGCGACAGCUGCGCGGCGCGGACGACGUCGCGAAGCUCGAGACGUUGCUCGCCGAGGUCGCGUUCGACGCGAGCGAGGACGAGUGGAUCGCGCUCUUGAGCGGCGGCGGCGCGGAGGACGCGGAGGAGGACGCGACGGCGACGGCGACGGCGACGGCGACGGGGACGGGGGGCGCGCGUCGUCGCUCGCCGUUGCACGGCGCGACGGGGGUGUUCGACGAGCGCGACGACCUCGUCGCGCUCGCGUGCACGACGGUGUACGACCGCGUCGGCGUCGGCGACGCGUCGAUGUCGACGUCGACGUCGACGUCGACGGCGGCGGCGCGCGAAGGAGGAGGAGGAGGACGAUUCGCGUGGUGCGGGAACGUCGUCGUGAGGAACGACUAUCGAAAGCUCGGCGUCGCGUCGAUGGUCUUGAGAGCCGCGCUCGAGGAGACGUCGUCGAAGGGCGCGCGCGAGGUUUACCUCGACGCGUCGGACAUGGGCGUGAAGCUGUACCAGCGCGCGGGGUUCGUCGCGACGUCGCGCGUGCGGCGAUACGCGUUGCGCGACGACCGAGACGCGGCGUCGUCGAACGCCGCCGCCGCCGCCGCCGCCGCCGCGCCGCCGGCGUCGACGCGCGACGAGGACGACGACGUCGACGACUUCGACGACGACGACUUCGAGCGCGUCGUCGCCGCGGACGCGGGGAUUUUCGGCGCGCGGCGCGCGGCGCUGCUGCGCGCGUGGCGAAGCACCGCGCCGGGGUGUUUCGCGUGGGAUCCGGAGGUUGGCUACGCGUGCGCGCACGCUCGAGGGUCCAAGUUGUACGUCGGGCCGUCGGGCGUUUUUGAAAACGUCCCCGUCGAAGCCGUUUCGCUUUUCUUCGAGCGAGUGAUUCGACUCGCCGUCGGCGAAAUGCGCGCGAGGGACGACCUCGACGGCGUCGUCGCGUACGUCCCGGAAGGGUUGGAGGAGGAGGAGGAGGGAGACGACGACGACGACGACGACUCGAACGCGGCGGCGGCGGCGCUGACGAGAGCGGGGUUCGUCUUCGAAGAGCGCACGACGCGGAUGCGGCGGUGCGAGGGCGACGAUCGCGCGCCGCCGGUCGCGUUGGGCGACGCGAGCAGGUGCCUGACGAUAGCGAGCUUAGACUUAGGGUGACGCGUCGGUCGCGGUCGACGCCCGCCCGCCGCGAUUGUUAACCUCAGCUCAGAUCUACUGACGAAAAA